AUGGGGACACUGCCGCAGCCCCGUCCCACAGUGGUGACACUGUGUUUGCUUCCCCAGGUUCGGGAUUGGACCCAAGAUGAGAGUAGCAACAGAGGUUUGCUGGUGACGGUCCACAGCCUGGGUGGGAGCACACUCGAAGCCCCCGCCGUGCAGUUUGCGUCCAGCGGGGACCACCAUGAGAGCAAGAAGCCCAUGCUGGUCCUGUUCACAGAUGAUGGGCGCCGAGGAGCAUCCCUGCCCAUGGCCGGAGUCCCAGCCUCACAGCCUCGGGAUUUCCCUGCCAAGCUGACCGGCCCGCGCAGCACACGCUCUCUGGACCGCCUGCAGCCAUGCCAGAGGCACCCCCUGUCCGUGGACUUCGAGGAGAUCGGCUGGUCUGGGUGGAUCAUCUCCCCCCGGGGUUACAACGCCUACCACUGCAGAGGCUCCUGCCCCUUCCCCCUGGGUGAGAACAUGAGGCCGACCAACCACGCCACCGUGCAGUCCAUCAUCAACGCCCUGAAGCUGAGCGAGGGCGUCAGCAGCCCCUGCUGCGUGCCUGACAAGCUCUACUCCAUCAACCUCCUCUACUUUGAUGACGAUGAGAACGUGGUCCUCAAGCAGUAUGAUGACAUGGUGGCCGGGAGCUGUGGCUGUCACUGAUGCAGAGAUCCCCCCCUAUUGCAGAGCAGCUCUG